CCGUGUUCCGUGUGGCGUCCCACCUUGGGCAUGGUCGUUGGCAUGUGCACACAUACCUAUACACGUGCGUGCGUCUAUGUUGCUCGUGUGCUCUUGCUCGUCUGCCAAACGUGCCUCUCGUCUGUAUCUGUCAUUGAACGGGGUGAAGCAUUGGAAUCCAACCAAUGACGAACCUCACAGUCUAUGUCCUGCUUCAAGAGUGAGCACGUGGGCAAAUCCUCUCCCUUCCAUCUCUCCCAGUUCUUUUCCUACCCUCACCUCUCACCCGCCUCGCGCCCCGCGGUAGCGUUUCCUAUCUCGGGUUCCCUCAAUGCCUCCCCAAUUGCCUUUCGGGACAAUCCCAUGUUCACGGUCCAGAGGCCGCCCGCCCGUCGCGAUAUGUACGACGGCAUUUGGAACAACAGGCAGCAGACAAACGGCUCAUGGCAAGCUGCUCCAGGAGGUGUCCUGAUCGGCUUGCCUCUUUCUGAGAUCCCGAUGGCUUGCGGCUUUCCCGCCCCUCCCCCUCAUUUCCUUCCCCUAAUGGAAAGCAAAAACCGGGACCGAACUCUAUUUAAGAGGAGCAACAAGAGGCGAAGCUCUCAUGGUCCCCCCCAGCCCCCCAAGACCGCCAUCUCAAACUGGACUAGCAGCCGGAACCCCUGUGGAAUCGGUGGGUCCACCCAUCGUGCACUAGAUACAGGGCCAACAUACAAACGUCCGGCGAGAAGCUUGGUUCACGUCAGGAUCUUUUCAACAUCCAAAGUAAACAAGCACGUGACGGCGUGGAUAUCGUCGGGCAUGGGAAGAAGACACCUGCCAUGUCGCCAAAUCAAAAGUCUUGGCAGUACGUCGUUCGUACCGCGACCACGUCUUGCUUUCACGAACUGUCUCAACGCAUCCCGAUGACCAAAAGCCCAUUCGUGCAACCCGAAGCUUCUCAUCUCACUCUUGAACCUCAAUGCUACCGAAGAAAAAGAGAAGAAAGUCGAUUGAGCCAUUCGUCGUUAUGGUAGAAGUGCCCGUAGAACCCCUUGCUCGUACCGUACCAG